AUUAUUGUUUAUCUUUUCGCUGUUCUUGGACCUUCACAUUUUUCAGCGGAUCUAGACACCACACGGUAAUGAACGCUACCCAGCCUGCAGCACCCAGAAGUGAACGAAUGGCUGAGCCUCGAUUUAAUAACCCUUAUUUCUGGCCCCCACCUCCGGCUAUGCCUGGCCAGCUUGACAACUUGGUCCUGAUCAACAAGAUUAAGGAGCAGCUGAUGGCCGAGAAGAUUCGGCCCCCACACCUGCAGCCCCCCUCCCUCCCUUCCCAACAGCCCUUGCUGGUGUCCCCCUCAGAGGUGGGCCAGCACGGCAUGCUCAGUCCCAAACUGCAGCAGGUGCAGGGGCACCAAUCCCACAGCCCGUCCCAGCCUGACAUCGCCCUGCACGCCCGGCCGGCCUCCAGCACAGUGUCAGGCCUGGCACUGGCCUCUCGAACCGGCAGCCACAACGCCUCCGAGGCCAUCACCCCAACCACGCCCACCUCCAGCAGCCAAAGCAGGCUGGGCGGAGCUCAUUCCCCAAACGUCAUCUCGGGAUUGGCCAGCGGCCCGGGAAUGGAGCCAAUCAAGAGCGGCGGUCUAGCAGGGCUGCUUGGUCCUCCUCCAAAAAUGGAACGUGGCCGUAAGAAGAUUAAAGCUGAGAACCCGUCCGGACCCCUGCUGGUGGUACCCUACCCGAUUCUGGCCUCGGGGAACGACCAGUCCUGCAUCGGAAUUCCUGUUAAAGAGGGGAAAACUUACAGGUGUAAAGUCUGCCCGCUGACCUUCUUCUCCAAGUCGGACAUGCAAAUCCAUUCCAAGUCCCACACAGAGGCCAAGCCACACAAAUGUCCCCACUGCUCAAAGUCCUUUGCAAAUGCCUCCUAUCUGGCCCAGCACCUGCGCAUUCACCUGGGCGUCAAGCCCUACCACUGCUCCUACUGCGAGAAGUCCUUCCGCCAGCUCUCUCACCUGCAGCAGCACACCAGAAUUCACACAGGUGAUCGGCCCUACAAGUGUAUCGCUCCAGGGUGUGAAAAGGCAUUUACUCAGCUUUCCAACUUGCAGUCCCACCAAAGGCAGCAUAACAAAGACAAGCCUUACAAGUGUCCCAACUGCUACCGCGCCUACUCGGACUCCGCCUCUCUGCAGAUCCACCUGUCGGCACACGCCGUGAAGAAUGCCAAGGCCUACUGCUGCAGUAUAUGUGGACGUGCCUACACCUCCGAGACGUACCUGAUGAAGCACAUGUCUAAACAUACAGUGGUGGAGCACCUGGUGAGCCACCACUCGCCCCAGAGAACGGACUCCCCCAACGUACCCAUACGCAUCUCCCUCAUCUGAGUGCGCUGCUCCUCGGCCCUGCCCCUACCCGCUUCCUCCCCACCUUACCCAGGAGGCUCAGCCUGUAAGGCCAGCCCUUCUCCUUCUUCCCUUUUACGGCCCAAACAACUUGUCACAUUUGCGUCUGGUAUUCUUGUUUAGUUUUUUUUUUUGUUUUUUGUUUCCCCCCCCCCUUGUACGGGGUCCAAAAAUGUGCCAGACUGUAUUUGUACUUUAACAAAAGAAAAGAAGAAGAAAAAAAAACUUUAAAAAAGUAUUUUCCUCUUGGUUUCCCCGGCGUUGCCGUAGGCCUGAUGGGGGGACGUUUGGGACAUCCAAAGACUAUCACUGCACUUUCAGGCCUGAAAAUGUUGGCCAAAAAAGGAUUUUAAGUCUGUUUAGACAAAAAAGGCGUUGCUUCCGGCAGCUACUGUUCAAGUUCUGACCAUAAGUAUUACAAACCAUUAAAUGACCUCUCCUGCUUUCUUUCCUCCUCCUCUUCCUCCUCCUCACUCUUUGCGUUGUUUUUGUGGCGCUGAGCUGGCUGCCCUGAGCUCCCGAGUUUGGACCGGUUCCUUGCAGAAUCUCUGUACUGGUCUUUUUCUGUUGGUCAGCUGACCGAUGGCCAUUUUGCAGAAAAUGCAGUUAUCUGAAUUCACUUCCUCACUGCCACCGUACUGUGUCUGCUUUUGUCCCAUCCCAUUAGAAUCAGUGUAGGGUUGCUUCUCUUCGCCAAUCACAGACAGGAUAGGAGUCAUGCUGCAGUAAACUUAUCCAGGCCAAAACAAGAAGUAAGAACCACAGACCGGUGAGGUGUCAGAUCUGUUUCCGCCUGCCUGUCAGUUUUACUUGUUGGCUUUGGUUUGUCUCCAUGUAUCUUUCUGACUGUCUACCUGCCUUUGUCCAGUCCCAUCUACUGUCAGGCUGCCGAUCACUGUAAAUGAACAAUGGGACUAAAAACACCUUGCUUAGUACAACCAAUGCAGUUUGCACAGUCCGCAUCAUACUUUCAAACCAAGCCAUUAAACAAAUCAAGUUGAUCAUGAACCAACAAAGCAACAAUUUUAAUAGCUUGUUGGUUCAAACAGAACUUUAGUCUAAUUGGCACAUUUUGAUUGGUUGUCCAUGUUACUAGGUUUACAUGCCAUGUAAGAAGAUGAAGCUGUAUGUACCUUGCAUUUAUUUACAAUAACUUUAAAUGUUGUUUUGGCAGUUCAGUCUCCAUUUGGCCACUGUGACUAACAGUGUCCCUCUGUUACAGUGCACUAUAUACAUUACACUUUCCAUCUCCUCUUUAACCACGAUUUCAGACAUCCUAAUGUAUUUGGUAGCAAUUCGUACUGGUUAAUCCGGAUGAUCGCUAUGGUGGUUUUUAUAGGAAUGAUUGCAUUGAAAUGCUGGACAAUGCCAGUUGGCCAGAGGCUGGUCUCUGCGCAGUAAACGGUUAAUAAUUCACAACCUUGUGUACUAAAAUCCUUUCACUCAUUCAGUGAGGCUUCUUACAGGCCUACCAUCCAUUUGCAGGCUGAAUAAGGGAAAUGAUAUAGAUAACAUAGAUUUCCUUGAAUAGGAGGAAAAUGAAUGGCUUAAAACCAUCUCCAAUGUCAUGUUUUGUGGCUUUUAUAAUGCUUGACAUUUAUAACAGUAGACAUUAAUAUAUAUUUAUAUAUGUACAUAUAUAUAUAAUAUAAAAAUAGUCUCUUCAGUUCUGCUUUAAGCUGUCCCAGCCCUAAUCUGUAUGGUGCACUUUAUGGCCUUAGAAACCUUGUUGAAUGAGUGGGAGGGGCUUAACGGGUGCCGUGUCCAUAAAUGCACUGGAACGCAGACACACACACGGUAUAUUCCUAGCAGACAUACAGACAAAUGCGUUUCUCGCACAGGUGUAGACAUGAAUUUCGACACAAGUACAUAGACACACACACACACACAAAAAAACA